UCCCCUUGUUUUCUCACCACAAAAAUAAUUAUAUUUUCUCGUUGAUUUUCUCUUCAGCCAAACAAGAUGCAGAUCUUCGUUAAGACCCUGACCGGCAAGACAAUCACCCUCGAGGUCGAGAGCUCCGACACCAUUGAUAACGUCAAGGCGAAGAUCCAAGACAAGGAAGGGAUCCCUCCAGACCAACAACGUCUCAUCUUCGCCGGAAAACAGCUCGAGGACGGCCGUACCUUGGCCGACUACAACAUCCAGAAGGAGUCAACCCUCCACCUCGUCCUCCGUCUUCGUGGAGGCAUGCAAAUCUUCGUGAAAACCCUGACCGGCAAGACAAUCACCCUAGAGGUCGAGAGCUCCGACACCAUUGACAACGUCAAGGCCAAGAUCCAAGACAAGGAAGGGAUCCCACCAGACCAGCAGAGGCUCAUCUUCGCCGGGAAGCAACUCGAGGACGGCCGCACCUUGGCGGACUACAACAUCCAGAAGGAGUCGACCCUCCACCUCGUCCUCCGUCUUCGUGGAGGCAUGCAAAUCUUCGUGAAAACCCUGACCGGAAAAACCAUCACCUUGGAAGUCGAGAGCUCCGACACCAUCGACAACGUCAAGGCCAAAAUCCAAGACAAGGAAGGUAUCCCACCGGACCAGCAGAGGCUCAUCUUCGCCGGGAAGCAACUUGAGGACGGUCGAACUUUGGCCGACUACAACAUCCAAAAGGAGUCGACCCUUCAUUUGGUUUUGAGGCUUCGUGGCGGGAUGCAGAUCUUCGUCAAGACUUUGACUGGGAAAACCAUUACUCUGGAGGUGGAGAGUUCUGAUACGAUUGAUAAUGUCAAGGCGAAGAUUCAGGACAAAGAAGGGAUUCCCCCAGAUCAGCAGAGGUUGAUUUUUGCUGGGAAACAAUUGGAAGAUGGAAGGACUUUGGCUGAUUACAAUAUUCAGAAGGAAUCAACUCUUCAUCUUGUCUUGCGUCUUCGUGGUGGUUUCUAAGCUCUCUAUGAAUAUGGGUUUCUGGAAUUUAUGUCAAUGAUUAUGAUUCCUGGCUCUGUUGAAGCCUUAUAAAUAAACUUAUGUCUUAUCUUUAAUGAUAUC